CGAACAAGGCUUACACCAUAAUCACGACUUGUGUAUUUUAGGGAUGAAUACAAAAUGUUUGACGUCAAACUUCAUUUGCUUACUUGUGAUUUGUAAAUAACAGGACACUGGUUAGUGAGAUCCGUACAGCUGGACAUAUUACAUUUGAAUAUACUCACCAUACAACAUUCCGUGUGUCACGUAAACAAACCCAUUAGUAUCUAUCAAAGACCGGGACAGGUCAUUAAGAGUACUGUUAGCAAAGCACUCCAGCGCUGGUAUCAGUAAUAAAUUGCGAUAUGAUUCUUUAUUUCCUUAUUCAAUGGCAGUUCUGCUUGGUAUCCCACCAUAAGCACUGUUUUAGUAGUAGUAGUAGUACGUUUGGAUCGCUGGAUACGAACAUAGAGGAGCUUAUAGCAAGAGUUUGGGCCGAAUUCCAACUACACAACGAUGGAUGAAUCAAAUAGUGACAUUCAGUGGCCUGUCGGGUCAACCGUUGACGACAUCGGCCCCUUGUGGUACCUAUCGUACUUCACUCUGGUCCCAUGUGUCAUUGCUGGGUUCAUAACGAAUAUCUUCUUCAUUGUGGUCAGCCAAGAGGUCUUCAACCAGCGACCCACCAUCCCCAACCUUCUUCUCAAGUACCUCGCGUGGACUGAUGUUCUGAACUGCUCCUUUGGUGUUGUACCAAUCAUCUUGGCCUACCAUCUUAAGAUCUUUACCAAAGCAGUCUGCGCGUUCCACGGAACAGUUUUCACUGCUUUUAGCGUAGCGUCUCAAAUGAUCGUUGCCUUGAUGUCGAUCGACCGGUACAUCGCUCUAGUCCAUCCUUUCUUCUACUCCAAACACCUCGUCAAACGUCAUGGGAAAAUGGCUGUAGCCGUUUACAUAAUCUUCGUGUACUCGGCAGUCUCGGCGAGUUUACCGCUUUGGGGACUCAACAAAAACGUACCCCAUCCACCGAACUCGUACUGUAUGUUCGACUGGGCUGACCAAACGCCAAAGGGACGUUUAGUGGUGUACUUGAACCUCCUGAACACGUUUCUGUGUUUACUUAUAAUAAUGAUCAUGAACGGGAUCGUAGGUUUGUACAUGUAUCGGCUAAGGAGACUUCGUCCAAGGCAAGUGGCUUGCGUCUCUUCUGAAACUCGAACGCAGAGGCAAGAAGAUUCUUUUAACAGGAGGCUUCAACUUCAAAUGACAAAGUUGACGUUGGUGGUUGCAGUGGUGUUCUUCUGUUGUUGGUUUCCCUUUGCCUUCCGCAUCCUGACCAAUCAGCUCAGAGUAUUGGAAAACGAAGACGCUGAUUGGUUCGUGUCUCGUCUAAUGGCCAUGAACAGCGUCAUCAACCCUUUCCUCUACGUCAUCAUGUGGAAACCCUACCGCAAGGGAUGCUGGAUGUUGUUAAAGACCUGUUUACACUACUUGACCUGUACCUUUCUAAACCAACCGACUAUGACUCUAUCUGAAACUGUUUCUUUAUAAGAUAAUCAGCUUAACUUUUUGUAAAUAUUUCACCACUUCACAGAUUAUUUUUUCAAUUACAACGGUGCUUUGAUUAUAUUAUUCUUAUGUUUUUUUGCGUAUAUAAUAGUCUUGU